AACCUUUUGCAAAGAAUGGGGGGGAAAUCCUUAAUAUUUUCAAUUCUUUUUUCUUUAUAGUCCGAAUUUGAGGCAGAACUGAAGUCUGCUGGUGAGAAGCUUGUAGUGGUUGAUUUCUCUGCCACAUGGUGUGGACCAUGCAAAAUGAUCAAGCCAUUUUUCCAUAGUUUGUGUGACAAGUUUGGUGAUGUGGUGUUCAUUGAAAUUGAUGUGGAUGAUGCCCAGGAUGUUGCUACACACUGUGAUGUGAAGUGCAUGCCAACAUUCCAGUUCUACAAGAAUGGAAAGAAGGUGCAGGAAUUUUCUGGGGCCAAUAAAGAGAAGCUGGAAGAGACCAUUAAAAGUCUUGUCUAAUCUCCAGCCACGGAGGCGUCGGAGCAUGUCUGGGGAUCGGCUAACUCAUAGCCCAUAACUUUUCUACUUCAAAAAAAUCCAACUACUUAACCUAUCUAGUCUGGUGGAAACUAUCCUCUGAUCAAUGUAAAUGAGUACAAUAAAGUGUAAAUUCUUCACA